GGGCGCUCGCGGGGCGCCAGGCCUAAGGCUGGGGCGGGUCCGGGCAGCGGCCGGGUUGGGAGCCGGGGGCGGGGGCCGGGCCUGGGGGCUGGCGCAGCCAUGAGGCGGGACGUGCGCAUCCUGUUGCUGGGCGAAGCCCAGGUCGGGAAGACGUCGCUGAUCCUGUCGCUGGUGGGCGAGGAGUUCCCCGAGGAGGUCCCCGCGCGCGCAGAGGAGAUCACCAUCCCCGCCGCCGUCACGCCGGAGCGCGUGCCCACCCACAUCGUGGACUACUCAGAGGCCGAGCAGACGGAUGAGGAGCUCUGGGACGAGAUCCGUAAGGCAAAUGUGGUGUGUGUGGUGUACGACGUGUCUAAGGAGACUACUAUUGAAAAGAUUCGAACCAAGUGGAUUCCACUGGUGAAUGGGAAAACUGAGAGGGGGCCCAGGCUGCCCAUCAUCUUGGUGGGCAACAAGGCAGACCUGCGAUCAGGGAGCACCAUGGAAGCUGUGCUGCCCAUCAUGAGUCAGUUCCCUGAGAUAGAGACCUGUGUGGAGUGUUCUGCCAAGCACCUGAAGAACAUCUCGGAGCUGUUCUACUAUGCCCAGAAGGCCGUUCUGCACCCCACGGCCCCCCUCUACGACCCUGAGACCAAGCAGCUGAGGCCUGCGUGCGCCCAGGCCCUCACUCGAGUCUUCAGGCUCUCGGAUCAGAACCUGGACCACACAUUGAGCGAUGAGGAGCUUAAUGCCUUCCAGAAGUCCUGCUUUGGCCACCCACUGGCCCCACAGGCCCUGGAAGAUGUGAAGAGGGUGGUGUGCAAGAACGUGGUGGGCGGCGUGCGGGACGACAGGCUGACCCUGGAUGGCUUCCUCUUCCUGAACACGCUUUUCAUCCAGCGUGGACGGCACGAGACUACUUGGACAAUUCUGCGGCGCUUUGGCUACAGUGACUCGCUCGAGCUGACAGCAGACUACCUCUGCCCAAAGCUCCACGUGCCCCCUGGCUGCAGCACCGAGCUUAACCACCGUGGCUACCAGUUUGUGCAGCAGGUGUUUGAGAAGCAUGACCAGGUGAGCGCCACCACCCCGGCCAGCCCUGCCAGUCCCCAGCACUGUGACUGUGGCCCUUCUGCCCACAGGACCAUGAUGGCGCCCUCUCGUCCUUGGAGCUGCAGAACCUCUUCAGUGUGUUCCCAGUGGCCCCCUGGGGCCCUGAGCUCCCACGCACUGUCCGCACUGACACCAGCCGGCUGUCCCUGCAUGGUUUCCUCUGCCAGUGGACUGACCUACCUGGAUGUCCAGCGCUGCCUCCAGCACCUUGGCUACCUAGGCUAUCCCACCCUCUGUGAGCAGGACUCCCAGGCACAGGCCAUCACAGUCACCCGUGAGAAGAGGAUGGACCAGGAGAAGGGGCAGACCCAGCGGAAUGUCCUCCUGUGCAAGGUGAUAGGGGCCCGAGGAGUGGGCAAGUCUGCCUUCUUGCAGGCCUUCCUCGGCCACAGCCUGGAGGACACCAGGGCAUCCCCUGGGGAGCCUCCCAUCCACACCAUCGACACAGUGCAGGUCAGCGGGCAGGAGAAGUACCUGAUUCUCUGUGAAGUGAGCGUGGACAGCAUGCUGGCCAGCUCCCUGGACAUGGCCUGUGACGUUGCCUGCCUGAUGUUCGAUGGCAGUGACCCCGCGUCCUUUGCAUUCUGUGCCACCAUCUACAAGCACCAUUACAUGGAUGGCCAGACCCCUUGCCUCUUUGUGUCCUCCAAGGCUGACCUGCCCGCGGGUGCCACCCCACCAGGCCUCUCACCUGUGGACUUCUGCCGCAGGCACCGGCUGCCUGCCCCCACCCCGUUCUCCUGCGCCGGCCCGGCCCAGCCCAGCACUGAUGUCUUCACUUGCCUGGCCACCAUGGCUGCCUUUCCGUGGACACCUGGUGCACUCAGAGCUGCGCCCCACCUCCUCCUGGCUCCGGGGGGUGCUGCUGACUGUUGGGGCUGCUGUGGCUGCAGUCCUCAGCUUCGCACUCUACAGAGUCCUGGUGAAGAGCCAGUGAUGCCUCGGCCCGUCUCCUGAGCCAGGCGUGGCCAGCAGGGGGCCCUGCAGGGCUUUCAGCCUCCCAGCGUGACUGCAGGUCCCCAGGGCACUGAGGUGGUGCCCCUGCUCAGGAGAGCACCUUUCUGUCUAAGCUUCUGCUUUGGGAGAUCAUCCCAGCCCUUUCCUCGGACCCCUCUCUGGAGCUGGGUGUACCCCCAGCACUGCCUCCCCAAACCUCUACCCCAAACCUCUGGCUGAGCUGUGCUGAGAACUUGGGCUCACAACCCAGAAGCUCCACUGCCUGGCCUGAGGGGCUUGGUGGCAGGUGUGCCUGGUGGGAGGCCCUUGCCUCAUCUUUGUGGUAUUGGGUGAGGAAGCCAUUGACCCUAGACUCAGAAUUCUCAGGGCUCUCCCUUCUUGCUUCUGGCGGUCAGUGGGUAUGCAGGGUCCAGGAAGUGGUUAGGCUAUUGUGCACACCCAUCUUCCUGUCCAGUGUGAGGCUUUGUCCAUGGCAGAAGACACGAGAUUGGGCUUCCUAAUUAAACCUCACUGUUUUCCUCUUGGGA